GCUUCUCUCCGGUGCCCUGGGCGAACCGGGUCCUCGGGGCGGUCGAGCGAGCACCGGAAAGGAAAGGGAGAUCCAAGCCUCCUGGCGUGGGGGCGGCGCGCGGGGACUGCGCGGGGGCCUCGGAGGGACGGCGACGGAGCCCGCGGGCCGGCCGAGGGGUGCGGAGGUUUUGACCGGCCGCGAGACCGAGAGACUUGGCCGAGAAGAGCGGCAUUUUCUGGACUCCUAGUCGCCAGAGCCUGGGAUAAACUUCGCGGUCGUCCUGCGGAGCCGGGGAGGCGCGUUUGCUGGGGAUGAUGCCCGGCUUCGCCCCCAGCUCCUGAGCUGGUCCUGGCCGCGGUCCCAGGUCCCUGCGUGUCGGGAGGGCGCGGGGCAGCGCAUGUGUGCGCACGGCGAGUGACCGCACCGUGACCCGCCCGGGAGCGCACUCCUACUUUGGACACACCUGGCCUGGGAACCUGGGGAGCGCGGGGCUUCCGACGACCGCCGUUCGGACACCAGGGGGCCGCCCCGGAGGACCAUGAGAAAUCAGGACUGAGGGCCAGCCCAGGGAAGCGAGCCCGCCGAGAGGUGGCGGGGGCUGUUCACGCCAAGGGCCACAGCGGCCGCGCUCCUGCCUGGCUCGGCCACUCGACGCCUCGCGGGGUCCGCGGGGACAGCCCGGCUGCGCGGGGAUGCCGGGGCUGGGGCGAAGGGCGCAGUGGCUGUGCUGGUGGUGGGGACUGUUGUGCAGCUGCGGGUGCCCGCUGCUGCGGCCGUCUCUGCCCGUGGCCGCGGCCGCCGCCGGAGGGCAGCUGCCCGGCGUCCGCACGGCGCAGCCACCGCCGCCCCCACCGCCACAGUCCUCGUCCUCGGGUUUCCUGUACCGGCGCCUCAAGACGCACGAGAAGCGGGAGAUGCAAAAAGAGAUCCUGUCGGUGCUCGGGCUCCCGCACCGCCCUCGGCCCCUGCACGGCCUCCAGCAGCCGCAGCCCCCCGCCCUCCCGCCGCAACAGGCGACCCGCGAGGAGCCUCCGCCGGGACGCCUCAAGUCCGCGCCGCUCUUUAUGCUGAACCUCUACAACGCCCUGUCCGCCGAUGACCCGGAGGACGGGGCUUCGGACAUGGAUCGACCACACGACGCCGGACUCCACCGAGGGACCAGCGCGCCCCAGCUCCCGCGGGCGUCUCCGGUAACCGCACACCCGCUCAACCGCAAGAGUCUCCUGUCCCCGGGACCCGGAGGAGCGUCCCCGCUGACCAGCGCGCAGGACAGUGCCUUCCUCAACGACGCGGACAUGGUCAUGAGCUUUGUGAAUCUGGUGGAGCACGACAAGGAGCUCUCCCCUCGCCAGCGACACCACAGAGAGUUCAAGUUCAACUUAUCCCAGAUUCCUGAGGGUGAGGCGGUGACGGCUGCAGAGUUCCGCAUCUACAAGGACUGUGUUGUGGGCAGUUUUAAAAACCAAACUUUUCUUAUCAGCAUUUAUCAAGUCUUACAGGAGCACCAGCACAGAGACCCGGACCUAUUUCUGUUGGACACCCGUGUCGUGUGGGCCUCAGAAGAAGGCUGGCUGGAAUUUGACAUCACGGCCACUAGCAAUCUGUGGGUGGUGACGCCGCAGCACAACAUGGGGCUCCAGCUGAGCGUGGUGACACAGGACGGACUCCACGUCAAGCCCCGUGCGGCGGGCCUGGUGGGCAGAGGUGGCCCUUACGACAAGCAGCCCUUCAUGGUGGCCUUCUUCAAGGUGAGCGAAGUCCACGUGCGCACCACCAGGUCAGCCUCCGGCCGGCGCCGGCAGCAGAGCCGCAAUCGCUCCACCCAGUCUCAGGACGUGUCCCGGAGCCCCAGCGCGUCAGAUUACAAUAGCAGUGACUUAAAAACCGCCUGCAGGAAACACGAGCUCUAUGUGAGCUUCCAGGACCUGGGAUGGCAGGACUGGAUCAUCGCACCCAAAGGUUACGCUGCCAACUACUGCGACGGCGAGUGUUCCUUCCCACUGAACGCGCACAUGAACGCCACCAACCACGCCAUCGUGCAGACCCUGGUUCAUCUCAUGAACCCUGAGUAUGUACCCAAACCAUGCUGCGCGCCAACUAAGCUCAAUGCCAUCUCCGUUCUCUACUUCGAUGACAACUCCAAUGUCAUCUUGAAAAAAUACAGGAAUAUGGUCGUGAGAGCUUGUGGGUGCCAUUAAGUAGAAGCCAGCUGCUGGAGAUUCCGCCUCGGAGCCCGACGACCUCUGCCUUCACACAGAAGCACAAUGCAGGCGGGACGGUGGCGUGGGAGCGUCUCCUGCUGUGCCUUACUGCAAGGAAGGUUCUGGAGGACCCCACUGAUAACCGGCCGCUCGCCAACACCGCAAGGCAGUGGCAUCUUAGUGCUUGCCAUGUGGGGUCCCGGACCGUAGAAACCGAGGUUCCCCUGCCCCACCCCAGAUCCCACCCCAGAGUUAGUUUUAGCCUUUAGUCCAAGCUGUUUGUGGUAUAAGUAGGGAGGAUAACGUAGGCAGAGUGUAAGCGUUCCCGAAGAGCCACUUGGGUUAGCAGUGCCUGUCAAGGAGAGAUUUCAGACAACCGAAAUUGAGGGGUCGGGGGAGGAGCUCCUCUAUUCAGAGAUUUCAUUCCCGUGAAGGCCAAUGCACAUACUCGGUAGCCUGGCCGUAAAAGCAGGGCUCUGUGGCUGUGCCUCGUCUGUUGCUGUUCUGUCUCUCGUUGGUAUAGACAUGCGUUCAUUUCAGUCAAAACAAGCUGAACCAUUUCCACACCUCCCCCCCUCGCAUUCCUUACAGAAACCAAAAGCAGACUGGCCACACUGUGAGGGGCCGCAAGGGCUAGGGUACAUGCACCCAUCGCAGCCUUCAUCCUGACCGCGCGGCUAGGAACGUGGCGCUGACCCUGUGGU